UUGCUUUCGAGCUGCACAAGGCGACGGUUUAAGUUUUUGGCGCUUACUGGGUGAAAAACGAGAAAGAGAGAGAGAGAGAGACUGUCUCUGCAGAGAGCCCCAAAGAGAGCGAAAAGUGAAAGACCGAGAAACCAGCGAAGAAUUCUUCGUGCGCGCUCGCCGACUUCAAAUAACUUCAGUCGCCCUGCAGAAUUCCCAGCGAUCGGUUCAUGCAGCGGAUUAUCGCGCGUCGCGAACCAUUAAAAAUAUUUUUACUUUAAAAAAUAUAUUAUAUUUUUUUCAAGUUCGGUGCUCUCGUGCAGUGUGAUCUUUUUUUUUUUUUUUGGUUUAUCAAAUAUCAAGUAUCGAGUAUCGAACCCCCCACUUCCUGGCAUGUCGUUCAAACAAUCCGAAACUCGUGCCCAGUGCUAAAAUCCCAAGGAAGUUCACAAGUGUGCCAAAACAAAUUGCAAAGUCCAGCGAAAACCCCCAAGAAACCAAUAUAAUAAACCACAAAUAAAUAAGAAAAUCAAAUAGAAUAAAAACACAAACUUAAAUAAACGGACGGACAGCAGGUGUGAGCGAGAGAGCAACAAUGCACCGCACGCAGCCGUCGCUGCCUCUGCCGCUGCCUCUGCUGGCGUUGGCGUUGGCGUCGGCGCUGGCUUUUGCGCAGGCGCAGAAUAUAGAUGCCGGCAGUUGCAGCUUCCCGGGAUCGCCGGCCCACAGCAGCGUGGUCUUCUCGAAUGCGAAUCUCACCCAGGGCACGGUGGCCUCCUACAGCUGCGAGCGCGGCUUCGAGCUCCUGGGACCGGCGAGACGCGUCUGCGACAAGGGGCAGUGGGUGCCCGAGGGCAUUCCGUUCUGCGUCUUAAAUGUGGCCGCUGGCAAGGCGCCCAUGCAGAUUUCCACCGAUGGCGCCGGUGCUCCGCAAAAGGCCAUCGACGGCUCCACGUCCGCCUUCUUCACCCCGGAGACCUGCUCCCUGACGAAGGCGGAGCGAUCGCCCUGGUGGUAUGUCAACCUCCUGGAGCCCUACAUGGUCCAACUGGUGCGUCUGGACUUUGGCAAAUCCUGCUGCGGCAACAAGCCGGCCACCAUUGUGGUGCGGGUGGGCAACAACCGUCCGGAUUUGGGCACGAAUCCGAUCUGCAAUCGCUUCACGGGCCUCCUGGAGGCCGGGCAGCCGCUCUUCCUGCCCUGCAAUCCGCCGAUGCCCGGUGCCUUCGUGAGCGUCCACCUGGAGAACAGCACGCCGAAUCCGCUGUCCAUCUGCGAGGCGUUCGUCUACACGGACCAGGCGCUGCCCAUCGAGCGGUGUCCCACGUUCAGGGAUCAGCCGCCGGGAGCGCUGGCCUCGUACAACGGCAAGUGCUACAUCUUCUACAACCGCCAGCCGCUGAACUUCCUGGACGCCCUGUCCUUCUGCCGUUCCCGCGGUGGCACGCUGAUCAGCGAGAGCAAUCCGGCGCUGCAGGGCUUCAUCAGCUGGGAGCUGUGGCGGCGCCACCGCAGCGACGUCAGCUCGCAGUACUGGAUGGGGGCGGUGCGCGACGGCAGCGAUCGCAGCAGCUGGAAAUGGGUCAACGGCGACGAGCUGACCGUCUCCUUCUGGAGUCAUCCGGGUGGCGAUGAGGAUUGCGCUCGGUUUGAUGGAUCCAAGGGAUGGCUGUGGAGCGACACCAACUGCAACACGCUGCUGAACUUCAUCUGCCAGCACCAGCCGAAGACCUGCGGCCGCCCCGAGCAGCCGCCCAAUUCCACGAUGGUGGCCCUGAAUGGAUUCGAGGUGGGCGCCCAGAUCAAGUACAGCUGCGAUGCCAACCACCUGCUGGUGGGUCCUGCCACGAGGACCUGUCUGGAGACGGGAUUCUACAACGAGUUUCCGCCGGUCUGCAAGUAUAUCGAAUGUGGUCUUCCGGCCAGCAUUGCCCAUGGAUCCUAUGGCCUGCUGAACAAUACCGUGGGCUACCUGAGCCUGGUGAAGUACUCCUGCGAGGAGGGCUACGAGAUGAUAGGACGCGCCCUGCUCACCUGCGAUUUCGAUGAGCGCUGGAACGGACCGCCGCCGCGCUGCGAGAUUGUGGAGUGCGACACACUGCCUGGAAAUUACUACAGCACCAUUAUCCAUGCUCCGAAUGGCACGUACUAUGGCUCCAAGGCGGAGAUCAGUUGUCCGCCCGGAUAUCGCAUGGAGGGACCUCGGGUGCUCAGCUGCUUGGCCAGCGGCCAGUGGAGCAGCGCCCUGCCGCGUUGCAUCAAGCUGGAGCCCUCCACGCAGCCCACGGCCGCCUCCACCAUUCCGGUGCCCUCGUCGGUGGCCACGCCGCCGCCCUUCCGGCCCAAGGUCGUCAGCUCGACCACCAACCGCACCCCCUACCGCCCACCGGUGGUCUCCACCGCCAGCAGCGGCAUCAGCGGCAGCUCCACCAGCACAGUGGGCACUUAUCCCAGUCUCAGUCCCACGCAGGUGGAGAUCAACGGCGAAUCUGAAUCCGAGGAGGAGAUCAAUGUGCCGCCAGUGCCCGGAACCGUUCGCGAGGAGUUCCCGCCCCGCCGCACCGUCCGUCCAGUGCUCAUCCCGAAGAAGCCGAGCAGCACGCCGGCGGCCCUGCCACCCACCACCACCCACCAGGUGCCGCAGCCACCCUCCACCUACGCACCCACACCGCCGCGCAGCUCGCGGCCCAGCGGGGCACCCAACCAGGUGGAGACCACCACCCGGAACACGCAGCAGAUCAUCGCCAACUCGCAUCCGCAGGACAACGAGAUCCCCGACAGCGUCAACAUCCAGCAGAACCAGUCGCCCAAUGUCAACGUGCCAUUCGCCGUCGACAAUCCCGACCGCAAGGAGACCAAGGAGGCCAAGCUCAAUCUGGGCGCCAUCGUGGCUCUGGGCGCUUUUGGUGGCUUCGUCUUCCUGGCCGCCGUCAUCACCACGAUCGUGAUCCUCGUGCGAAGCACCCCGAACAGCCAACGGCGGCACCUAGCCAAACACUUAACCGCUUACCAACAUCAUCAUGCUCAUCAUCACCACCACCAGCAGAUCCAUCAGUUGCAGCACCUCCAGAAGUACCUCCCACAGCAGCAGUUCCAGAAGUACCACCCACAGCAGCAGUACGAACAACCGCAAGCGAAGAAGUCGCAGGGAAUCGCAGGGAUCGGGAUCGGCUUCGGGAUUUCGGGAACGGGAUCGAGAUCGAGAUCGAGAUCGGGAAUACCGAGGCCCAGUCGAUUGCCCAGCUAUGCCACGGCGACGGCCACCAGUGCCACCAGCUAUGCCUCCACCGCCCAACUGACGGGAGGUUCGAGUGGCGAUAGAGAAAGAGACGGGGGUAUGGAUCGCGAGAGAGAUGGCAAUAGGGAUCAUCCAUCCCUGUGGUACAGCGUUCUCGCUCUGCCCUUCGACGAUCAGAAGCUGGGACGUCGCGAGUUCAGCAGCUAUGGGCGUGGCUAUCGCGCCCGCGCCGGACUCUUCAGCAGCUCCCAUAUAAAUCGAACCACGCAACACUAUCGCCAUCGCGCCUCGCCCGACUGCAACACAGUGGCCAGCUUCGAUAGCUCCACCUCGGGAUCCCGAAAUGGACUCAACAGGUACUACCGCCAAGCCUGGGAGAACCUGCACGAGUCCGCCUCGAAGAACAGCUCGCACAACGCCCUGCGCCGCAAGGAGACCCUCGAUCCGCCCAGUAUGACCCGAUCCCGUGACAAUCUGCGCGACAAUAUGCAGCGCUCCCGCGAAAAUCUUGAUAGAUGCGGCAGGGACAACUAUGGCAUGCGGGAUGACUCCGAAAUGGUGGUCUCCUCGGUGGUGUCCGAUGUGUGCCUGAAGGGCGAGAAGAAGCGCCACCACCACCAUCACCACAAGAGCAGCUCCCGCAACGGCGACUACCGCGAUCGGGAUCAGUCCUCCGGCAGGCGAGAGCACCACCGACACAGCGGAGGCGGAGGAGGCGGAGGCGGCGGUGGCGGCCACUAUUGACCAACCAUGGUCAUCACCAUCAACUUGGAGCGGCAGUAGCCAAACGAACGAGUAGUCGAGUAGGCCAGCAGUCGGCGUAGAAAUCGGAUUCGGAUUUGGAUUUGAAUUUGAAUUUAAGUUAGGAUUCAGAUUCUGGAAAUCGCAAUCUGAGUGCUGCAAAGCGAGCGCAACAACGAAACGUUUUUUGUUUAAUUUUAGCAACAGUUUUUUUUCGCGCUUUAGUUAUGUAAGCCAGUUGAUAUCGAGAUCGAGAAAAAAAAGAGGGUUCGGCCAAUGUGGAGGAGACUUUUCUGUUCAUAGUGAAAAAACCAGAUGUUAAACAAGCAGCGCAAGAGAUCCUUUAACUUGCAAGUCAAUACUUAGCUAUAUACUCGUAUGCGAUGUUUAUUCGGGGCGCAAGACGGAGGACUCUGGAGAUUUAGGAACCAUAGAUUAUAUCUAGAGAUAAUUCUCAAGUUAUAC